AGGUGAUAAGGAGAGAAAGAGUCCAAACGUAAACGAAAGGCUUAUCUUUCCGGUCACUGUUUACCUUAUCUCUCUCUCCCAAUCCCAAAUCAUCCCUUCCUCCCCUUUCACGAUGGCGUCAACGCCGCCACACCGGUCCAUGACCACAACCAACACCCACCCCCAGAUCCGCCAACAGCCCAACCCCACCCACCGUCCAUGGCUCCCGCAGCGCGUCCCUUCCCACCCCCGCGCCGUCACCACCUCAGCUCCCACCUCCUCCUCCGCCUCCGUCUCAGUCGCCCCCUCCACCCAUCUCCCCAAGUUCCCUCCUCUCCAAACCCCCAAGUCCGACUCCUCCGACUUCUCCGGCCGCCGCUCCACCCGCUUCGUCUCCAAGAUGCACUUCGGCCGACCCAAAACCACCACCUCCUCCUCCCGCCACAGCUCCGCCGCCGAGGAAGCCCUCAACACCGCCCUCACAUUCUCCGGCUCCUCCGAGUCCUUCCACACCCUCAUCCUCACCUUCGAAACCUCCCUCCGCGGCUCCGACGACUACACCUUCAUCCUCCGCGAGCUCGGGAACAGAGGAGAGUGCGACAAAGCAGUCAAACUCUACGAGUUCGCCGUCCUCAGAGAAACUCGUAAAAUCGAGCAAGGGAAGCUAGCAAGCGCUAUGAUCGGUACUCUCGGGAGGUUAGGCAAAGUCUCCAUCGCCAAAAGAGUCUUCCAAAACGCGUUAUCCGGAGGUUACGGGAACACAGUCUACGCCUUCUCCGCAAUCAUCUCCGCUUACGGGAGAAGCGGGCUACACGAGGAAGCCAUCGACAUCUUCAACUCAAUGAAAAAGGGGUACGGGCUCAGACCUAACUUGGUCACCUACAAUGCGGUUAUCGACGCCUGUGGUAAAGGAGGGAUGGAGUUUAAACGAGUGGCUGAGUUCUUCGACGAGAUGCAGAGGAACGGCGUGCAGCCGGAUAGGAUCACCUUCAACUCCCUCCUCGCUGUUUGCAGCAGAGGAGGGCUUUGGGAAGCCGCGAGGAACCUCUUCGACGAGAUGUCCAAGAGAGGGAUCGAGCAGGAUGUUUUCACUUACAACACGCUUCUGGACGCGAUAUGUAAAGGCGGGAAGAUGGAUCUCGCCUUCGAGAUACUAGCUCAGAUGCCUUCCAAGAGAAUCAUGCCUAACGUGGUGAGUUACAGCGCUGUGAUCGAUGGUUUUGCGAAAGCUGGGAGGUUUGAUGAGGCGCUUAACUUGUUUGAUGAGAUGAAGUACCUCGGGAUUGCGCUUGAUAGAGUCUCUUACAACACGCUGCUUUCGAUAUACUCUAAGCUCGGGAGGUCUAGAGAGGCGUUGGAUGUUUUGAGAGAGAUGGCGGCCGUGGGGAUCAAGAAGGAUGUGGUGACUUACAACGCGCUUCUCGGAGGUUACGGGAAGCAGAGGAACUAUGUUGAGGUGAAGAAUGUUUUCGGCGAGAUGAAACGGGAGCGAGUGAUGCCUAACUUACUGACUUACUCGACGUUGAUCGAUGUGUACUCGAAAGGGGGUUUGUACAGAGAGGCGAUGGAGAUAUUUAAGGAGUUCAAAGGGGCGGGGUUGAGAGCUGAUGUUGUUUUGUACAGUGCGUUGAUUGAUGCGUUGUGUAAGAACGGGUUGGUGGGUUCUGCUGUUUCUUUGAUCGAUGAGAUGACCAAGGAAGGGAUUAGUCCUAAUGUUGUGACUUAUAAUUCUAUUAUCGAUGCUUUUGGUCGUUCCGCGACUGUGGAGUGCUUGGCUGAGUCUGGAGAUGGUGGAGUUGGAUCCUCUUUGCCUUCUUCUUCUCUAAGUAAACUGACUGAAACAGAGGAUAAUCAGGUGAUGCAGAUAUUUGGGAAGUUAACGGUCGAGAGUAGUAACAGAGGGAAGAAAGAUUGUGAGGAGGAGGGUAUGCAUGAGCUCUCCUCUAUAUUGGAAGUUAUCCGCAAGAUGCAUCAGCUGGAAAUAAAACCGAACGUUGUUACCUUCUCUGCCAUUCUGAAUGCUUGCAGUCGGUGCAAUUCAUUUGAAGAUGCAUCGGUGCUGCUAGAGGAGCUCAGGCUGUUUGAUAAUCAGGUGUAUGGUGUGGUUCAUGGACUUCUCAAGGGCCACAGGGAGAAUGUGUGGCUCCAGGCUCAGAGCUUAUUCGACAAAGUAAACGAAAUGGAUGGUUCCACUGCUGCUGCCUUCUACAAUGCUCUUACAGACAUGCUCUGGCACUUUGGUCAGAAACGAGGAGCGCAACUGGUGGCGCUUGAGGGAAGAUCUAGACAAGUUUGGGAGAACGUUUGGUCUGAGUCUUGCUUGGACUUGCACCUUAUGUCUUCUGGCGCUGCACGUGCGAUGGUCCAUGCUUGGUUGCUAAACAUACGCUCCAUUGUCUAUGAAGGUCAUGAGUUACCUAAACUUUUGAGCAUAUUGACUGGUUGGGGGAAACACAGCAAAGUGGUUGGAGACGCGGCACUAAGGCCAGCGGUUGAAGCGCUUUUGAGGGGAAUGGACGCACCGUUCUACCUCUCAAAAUGCAACAUGGGAAGGUUCACAUCAAGCGGUUCGGUCGUAGCAACUUGGCUGCGUGAAUCAGCCACACUCAAGCUCUUGAUAGUCCAUGACCACAUAACCACCAAAGCUAGCACAACAAGGGGGGAAACAGAACAACAUGAACAAACCUCUCUCACUUUGCAGCCUCUUCUCCUGUAGUAGUAGUUGUACUCUGUUUUAUGUAUACAAUUUUAUGACCGCCAAGUAUGUGUUUGUAACUUGUAACAAUGGUGGUGUUUUCUGCGGUGUGCUGAUAUUUUGUAACAAAGUAAGACGCAAAUUGUAAUUUUGAGCCAUAAAAAUGUUUUAUCAACUAGAUAAAAUCA